UGUAACUGGGUGGGAAAAAACCCACGAUGCUAGUGAAGCUUUUGCUCAUCUGUAAUACAAUAGGGUUGGCAAAGCUGGUCAAACACUCAGACCAUCACGGAUAUCAUGAUGGUUCAGUGCACAAGCCGCGAAUUUAUGAGACCUCUGCUUACCCCCAGAGGACUCCUCUGUCACACGGGGAAGAAGGUUAUUGGGAGGCAGAAGGGCUCAGGGAGGAUACUCAAGAUUACCCUUCAAGUAUGGUCUCCUCACAUCAGGAAGAGAGCGAGGAUUUUGAAGCUGCGAGCCCACAGGCCCGAAAUGGGAACUGGUGUUCCUUCAUGCAGUCCCGCCUGGUAACAUACAUAGAAGCCUGCAUGAAGGAGAAGUACAUUGUCAACUCCCAACAGCCCUGUCUAAACGGAGCACCAGACUGCCAGAAGAUCAUGUACAGGACAGCUCUGAAGCCAGUCUACCAAGUAAAACAGAAGGUUUUGAAGUCUUUGCAGUGGAAAUGCUGUCCUGGAUUUAUUGGCAAGGACUGCAAACAGCGUGAUCCCAAUUUUAUUCUGGUGCCAGAAAAUCAAACUGAAGGAUGGGAAGAAGAGGAGUUCUCAAACCACAUGUCAACACCUGUGGAUUCAAGAGAAAUGUUGGAAGUCAUUCAAAAUCAGGAGGCAUUACUGGAUGAUCUUCAAAGUGAUAUUCAUCAAGCAGUCAGCAACUUAGGAGACUUACAGAGAAUAUUUGAAAACAACGGUACAAGCAUGGUGUUAGAAGCGAACCAGAGCAAUUCAGAUCUACAGGAAAGGCUUCUGCAGCGAGUUUUGUUUCCCCAUGUGGAGAACUUUCUAAGGAAACAUUUUAACCCAAUGUGGGCAAGCUUCAACAGAAGCUUACAGAACCUCUCAAACAUGGUAAGAAACCUGUCCCAUGACGUGGAAGCCAACAAGAAAAGCAUAGAAAGAUUCCAAGAGAGCACUGUGCCCAAGAAGGAAUUCCAGGAGCUGGGAACUAAGUUUGAAUCAAAAGUCCAAGAAAAUGUAGUGAAAGUUGAUCAAGUGAAAAGAGAUAUGGAGAAUCAACUGCAAAUGCAGCAGGCUAGUAUUCACUAUAAUCUCACCAUGAUCAAGGCAGAUACUGACAUAAAGCUCAAGAAGCUUCAUAAGAUACAGCAGUCCCAUUUCUUAGCUUUGAACAACAGCAUAGCAAACAUGAAACAAGAGCAAAACAAUCUUGAAAAUAAAUUUGAGACUUUGAAAAAAAAUUUAACAGAACUCUCCUCACAGCAUGGUCCCAAAGAUGAAAAUACCCAGUUAACCAUCAGACAAAUAAAUGACAUUCUGGCAGGGCAUGCAAAGCAGCUUAAAGAACUUUACAUGGAGUCAGACGUGGCCUUUCAGAAUAUUGCAGUUUUAGAGAGGUGGUUUAAGGAGUUAAAAAAAAAUAUCUCGAAGUACAGGCCAGAAGAUCUUACAAUAACUUUAAUGGAGAAAUCACUUAUUAUGGAAGAAAACAAAGCAGCAGUGGAAAGGCAGAUGUCAGAGCUCAACUAUACUCUCUCAAAUCUUCGGGAAAACUAUUCAGAUCUGUUGAGGUACAUGGAGGAAUGUAAUUGCCAGAGAAUAUCUUCUGACACUGAUGUACUGGAGGAAGAUUUAAAAAAUAUCACUUAUUCCCUUGAAGGCACCCAAUCACACUUAAAGGAUAUGAAGCACUUAGAGUCUGUUUUCAGAGAUCUCUUGAGGAAUGAAAUUGAAGAUCUCUCCUCAGCUUUUCCGUCUAUCCAUCAGUCCCUUAAUCUCCGUCAAGAAGAAAACAGACAGCUUCAGUCGCAAGUUACGGCUUUUUCAGAAGACAUAGGCUUGUUGAAGAAGAAAGAUGAAGAAAUUCAUCGACACAUCAAGUAUCUAAACAGUUCUUUCGGCUCUCUUUUGGAAGAUGCCAUGCGCCAUGAAGCAGCACUGGAAGCUUUACUGGGAGAAGAAUUUAUGGAAGUCUUGUUUGAAGAAGAUCCUAGUAUCCUAGUAUCAUCAGUAUUUCAGCUGCAAGAAUCUCUCAGACAUAUCUCAGAUAAAAUCCAAGAACAAAAUGUGACUUUAGAAUCUCUUAUGAAGAGAUUUCAUCUCUUGGAGAGAGGUCAACAGAAUAAUCACGAUGCUCGUACAUCUCAUAAGCAUCCCAAAGAAGAAACGCAAACAUCCUCUACUCUAGAUGAAGUUAGUAGUCAACGCAGCAUCGUAGAACAUAUGGAACCUAACUAUGAGGCUGCCAAAGAUGACUCCUUGGAUAGCUCAGCUUAUAACGAUAUCAUGACUCUGAAGAAUGAUAUCAAACACCUGAGCCUGGCAAUCAAGAGGCAUGAAUCCAGAAGUGACAUGAAUCUCUGCUGCAAUCACACAAUAGCAAAUAUAAUUGAGCCAUUCAACAUUUCUGUGGAAAUUCUCUCAGCAGAUUUAGCAACCAUCAAGCGGAAGCUGGAGGAACAUCUGCUGAUUUUUAAAAAGCUAUUCGGAAGCGAUGAAGAAUUAGCUGCCUCAAAUAUAAGUCUGGAUGUUACCAAGAUUCAGUCAAUGCUGACCAGAAAAGUGAGAAGGCAACAGAAAGGUCAAGACAAGCAAAGAGACAAGAAAAAGCCUGAGAAGCACAGAGAAAAUAUGCAAGUGAUAAGUGGAAGAAAUAUAGUGCCGACAGAACUUUUGGAAAAAGACUCAUUGGUGGCAUUCCAUGUGGGAUUCUCAGAAGGAAAGGAUAAAGAAAAAACUCUGAGGUUUAAUGAAACUUACCUCAAUUAUGGAAACAGUUACUUCCCUGAACAUGGCUACUUUAAAGCACCACAUAAAGGUGUCUACCUGUUUGUCAUCUCUGUGGAGUUCAGUUCAGGACCAGCAUUAGGACAACUCUCCUUUAGCCGUGGGUACAAAAAAACUCUCUCAAGUAGUCAGAGGAAAACACCAAACGGGAACACCAUGACUACUUUUGCUAUGGCAGAAAUGGAGAAAGGGGAGAAAGUAUGCUUUGAAUUGCUGCAGGGCUCUGUAGUGAAACGGAGUCCACCUGGGACAACAAUGGGUGGAUUUCUAAUAUUUAAAACUUGAAUAGUGACAUUUUGUUUUAUUGGUAUCUUUCCAUAGAUGCAAUGGAUCAAUUCACUAUUGCUUCAUCUGUGAUGUAUUCAAUCCUACUGCAUGUGUUUAAACAUAGCACUACCCUAGAUUUGUCUUCAUGCUUCUUUUCUGGAAGUGUUUGGCUUUUGAUCAGUUGCUUACGAGCAGCAAUGGGACUUUCUUUCAAGCGAUAAGCUAAUGGUUUGGACUCCACAUGCAUCAGCACACACAUUCCCAAAGCGUUCCACUGUGACAACUGCACCUAAUUAGAAAAACUGUUUUUUGGAACUUCCUUCACUUAUAACACAAAUAAUUUCUUCUUUCCCCAGCAAAAGAGUAUUUUCCCAUGGCAAAUACCCCCACCACUGGCAAGGAAAAGAUUUUAGGAAGGACUGUAUAUAUCAACUCUCAUAUUUUGUGAACAGUAGCUUAAAACCAAGAAGCCAGGACAGUUUUACCUUUUAGUUCUCUGUGGACCGCAGGCAGUCACAGACCGUCUUGGAAACUUCUGAAACUCACUCCAAUUCAAUGUUCCAGUCUGUGCACAACAUGAACACUGGAAGAGAUGGAUCAAACCCAGUAAGAUGCACCCUCUGCUACUAUUCGUGAGCAACGAUCUUAGAAAUGGCCCCGUCUUUUUGCUUCUGGGCCUGUGUUGUAUUUCAACUACACUGCAAAAAUUUAAUAGUAAUAUAACAUUGUUAGGAUGAAUUACAUCUACAUUUAGACAUUAGGAAAAUGUCAACGAUAUUAAAAUAAGAAGUGGUGAAAAUGCAGUUUAUUUCUAAAGAUAAUCCUGAAGAAUAUCGUGAAUUCAGCCCAGAGUUCAGCAUUUAGUAAAUAGUUUAAAACCAAGCAAGCAAGCAAAUAAAACUAACAGCAAAAAGGCAAGCUCAUUGGUCUGCUGUCAUUGUUGAACAUAAAAUAAAUUUGUAAUUAGAGUAAAACAAAGAGUAGAACUUCUGAACUGUGGAGUGUUUUUUGAAUUUCCAAAAUCUCAAGAUGGCCUUGUCUGGUCAUGUCCUAAACUUUUCUUCUGUCAAAUAAAAUAUCCCAGAGGCUUUCAUUUUAAAGAAGUUCAAUUACUGUGGUAUUUUUCCUUGUUUGUCCUAAUGCCUUACAAAACAAUAUUAAAACAAUUAAAUUUGUCAAAAUGAAAUGCA